AUGGUGUCUCCUGCCAUCGCUCUGGCCUUCCUCCCUCUGGUGGUGACACUGAUUAUCCGGUACCGCUACUACUUUGUGUUGUUCUACCGGGCGUUUCUGGUCAGGGUAUGGCAGGACUGCGCCACCGGCCUGAGCAGGGAAGAACGGGCCUUCCAGUAUGUCCUGACCAACGCCACCCCUGGAGACCCAGACAGCAUCCUGGAGGCCUUUGAUCAGUGGUGCAGCAAGGUGGAGUUCAUCAGUAAUAUUGGGCCUAAGAAAGGGAAGAUCCUGGACCGGCUGUUGAUGGAGCAGAGCCCGAUGACCGUGCUGGAGCUGGGUGCCCACUGUGGGUACAGCGCAGUGCGGAUGGCCCGCUGCCUGCCUCUGGGUGCCAGGCUCUACAGCGUGGAGAUGGACCAGAGGAAUGCCACCAUCGCCGAGAAGGUCAUCCGCCUGGCAGGCUUCGACGACGACACGGUGGAGCUAAUCGUGAGUCCGUCUGAUGAGGUAAUUCCUCGGCUGCGGUCUGACUACGGUCUGGAGACUGUGGACUUUGUCUUCAUGGACCACUGGAAGAAGUGCUACCUCCCUGAUCUGCAGUUGCUGGAGGGCUCUGGUCUGCUGGGUAAGGGAUCUAUGAUCUUGGCUGACAACGUGCUUUUCCCCGGGGCUCCCAACUUCCUCAGAUACGUCCGCAAGAGCGGCCUGUAUGAGUGGAGGAUCCAUCAGGCCACGCUGGAGUACAUCAGGGGCAUCAGGGAUGGGAUGGCCGAGCUGGUUUACCAGGGAAUAAAGUAG